CCGGUGCUCCUGCUGAUGUUAUCAUUCUACGCUAGAAUCUCUUUACGUCAUCGCUCGGCGCCGGGGUUUCUAUGGCGUCAUUGCGCUGCGCCGAGGCAUGGUGGGGAUGGAGCUUUUCGUCGUCCAGCGGUAUGAUGCUGGCGAAGAGGCGGCUGCCGGAGACCAGGCGCGGCUGCUCCUGCAGCGGCUGCAGGAGAGGGCCAGAGCCCGGCAGCGGCAGAACGAGCAGCAGGAGUCGUCUGCAGAGCCAGGGAGGGAUGGAGGCGAGCCCAGCUCUGCGGAGGAGAAGGUCCGGAAGAGGAGGCCGGUGGAGGGUGCUGCUGGAGGAGAAGCCCCAAGGAAGCGGCGGAAGGGGCUGGGCACUGGUGGGGAGAAGAGUUCGGGGAAUGCCUGUCCGGGAAUUGGAGGACAAGCCCAAAGGGCAGCAGUAGAAAGUGAAAGUGAUCUGCAGAGUUGUUUGGACAGCAGAGGUCCAGCAGUGGAUGACGAAGAGAGCGGCUCUGAAAUUAGAGCCACAGAGAGUCAAGGCGGAGAGGAGCUGGCAUUGAAUCUGAAGCCAACUCCACCUUCUAGCAUGAUGGUUCUUGGUGGCUAUAACCGAAAGGCAGUGCAGCAGGUACAGCCUUUUCUGCCCCAGUGGCUUGCCCAACCCAACCUGGUUCAGAGGCGCAUCAGAGAGAACCUGAUUCCACUCCAGGAUGUCCCAGAAAUCCACCCUAGGCUGACAAAGAAACUGCAAGCCAAUGGAAUAGAGUCCUUAUUUCCAGUUCAAGUGGAAGUGAUUCCAGCCAUCUUGGAGAGUGUGUCCGGUGGCUUUUUGACUGGGAGGGGUGGCUACCAGCCGAGUGAUAUCUGCGUGUCGGCCCCUACAGGUAGCGGUAAAACGCUAGCCUUUGUCAUUCCUGUGGUACAGGCCUUGCUGGAACGGGUCGUGUGCAAUGUGUGGGCACUGGCAGUCCUGCCCACCAAAGAGCUAGCCCAACAGGUGACGAAAGUCUUCAACAUUUAUACGGAUGGGACAGGGUUGAAAGUGGUCCAGCUGACAGGACAGAAAUCCUUUGCGAAGGAGCAGGAGUCCCUUGUGGAGAAAACGCUGACCGGAUUCCGCAGUCUGGCGGACAUUGUGGUGGCUACCCCCGGGCGCCUGGUAGACCAUCUCCAGCAGACCCCCCAGUUCAGCCUGCGAGAGCUUCGCUUCCUGAUCAUUGAUGAAGCUGACCGCAUGAUCGACAGCAUGCAGCAAGACUGGCUCCGUCAGGUAGUGAAGGCUGUGUACCGAGCAGAAGAGGGCUCUGGACCUGCCGGGCUGUUCAGGAGGGCAGGGCAGGGGCCCCUCACCGCGGCCAGGGCCAGCUGCCCCCAGAUCCCUCUGCAGAAGCUCCUCUUUUCAGCCACUCUGACCCGCAACCCGGAGAAGCUGCAGCAGCUGGACCUCUACCGGCCUCGCCUCUUCACGGCAGCGGCCUCCUCCGAGAAGCAGGCCGAUGCGGCAGGGGAGCAGCAAGCGGGCGAGAAGAAAUACGCCCUCCCGGAGGGGCUCUCGCAAUACUACGUGCCCUGCAGCCUGGCUUCCAAGCCGUUGUUCCUCCUGCACUUCCUCCUGCGCCUGAAAUUCACCCGGGUGCUCUGCUUCACCAACAGCAGAGAGACCUCGCACAGGCUCUUCCUGCUGGUCCGGGCCUUUGGCGGCCUGACGGUGGCCGAGUUCUCUUCCAGGCUGAGCCCGAGCAAAAGGAAGCGGACCCUGAAAGAGUUUGAACAGGGGAAGAUCCAGCUCUUGAUCAGCACAGACGCCACGGCCCGAGGGAUCGACAUUGCUGGAGUGAAAUGCAUCAUCAGCUACGACGCCCCUCAGUUCAUCAGGACCUACAUUCACCGGGUGGGGAGAACGGCGCGUGGUGGGAAAGCUGGUCUGGCCUUCACCAUGCUGCUGAAACAACAGGAACACAGAUUCCUGAAAAUGCUGAAGCAAGCUGGCCUGCCGGAGCUGGAGCAGCAGCUCGUGAGGAACGAACACAUCCGGGCGCUCCUGCCGCAGUAUGAGGAAGCCCUGUCGGAGCUCCAGGACAUUGUCAAGGAAGAGCACGCCAGGCAGCGAUCUUGAGGCAGCUAAAGACAAUGGCUCUGUGGGUGCCCAGGUGCUGCUGAGAACAAGCAGGGACUAGAACUCAGAUUCACGGUUUGGACUUUGCGCGCUUGAAUGCACAACAUUUCAGAAGCGGGGUCUGAGUUGUGGUGGCUCCCUGAAGUCCGAAGAAGUUGGAGGAGCUUCCGUCCCAAUACGGAAUCAGCAAGCAUAGGUCACGGCAAGGGGAGCAGGGGCAACUCCCAGCCCUACACCAGCGGAUCAUGGCCCUUUAGCCACAUUUGGCUGAGCAAGAGCGGGCUGCUGGUGCCUCCUUGGGAGUAGAGCUCAUCCCCCUCACCCUUGUCUGGCAUCCUUGUCUGUGGAGAGAGUUAAGUUCAAAAGAGCUGCCCGGCCCAGUGGGGCCUUCAGGCGCUUCUGCUCUUCAGCCAAGCGCUCCGUCUCCAGGCAGGAGAGGUGACCGCCAGGCAGGGUUUCAAUAAAGCGGCUUUUGCAAACUGA